AUGGCUCUUACUAACCCUUUUAAUAAUGCUAACAAUAAUCUUCGUAGUGAUGGGAGCCAGUCUACACCAAUCUUAGGUCCUGAAUGGGAAGAUUUAGCCAGUACAGCGUGUAUUAUUCGUCGUCAAUUAGAAAAAAUGAAGAAGGAUUACCUUGCAUCUCAAAAGUUAUUUAAAAAUCAGAAAAAACGUUGUAUUGAAAAUGUUCUUAAAGAAAACAACGAUUUAACAGCUAUCUUAACAAAUACAAGAAUCAUCAAAUCUGUUUUAGAGAGUUCUUCAACAAUUUCAAUGACUACAUUAGCAGGAAUUCUUCGCUACGUUCAACCAAUGCUUUUUAGCAGCUACACCGAAAGUCAAGCUGUUGCUGUUAAUCUUCUAAAAAUCAUAAAAGAUCAGUACUGGAAAGAUAUUCUAAAAACAUGUAAAUUAGAAGUGGAUGAUUUUGCAGAUUUUAAAGAACAAGCACGUGUUAACAAUGCUAGAAAAGCAAAGGAUCUUCUUGCCAAUAUUGCUAUGAAUGCAACGGGUGUUAGAUUACAUUCUGCUUCAAAUGCUUAUAUCUUAAAUACAUUUAGUACUGUAUUUUUAACUCCAAAACCUAUGGAACAUUCUGAAGCAACCCCUGUCAUUGAAGAGGUUCAAAAUGUAUCUGUAAGAAGGAGAAUAUCAACACAUUUCCAUUUAAAAGGUCUUGGUUUAGCAUUUGAACCUGGAAAUCUUGAUCCAAUAGAAGUUGAUACAAAUUUUAUUGGUCAAAUUAAUGCACGAUAUGCUUGUAGUAUUAUUGUUGAUGUUGUUAAGGCAAAACAAUUUUCUGGUAAAGCUAUCCUUCUUGCUGGACCACCAGGAUCAGGAAAGACGGCAUUAGCAUAUGCUAUGACAAAAGAUUUAGGAGAUUCUGUACCUUUUAAUAUCAUGUCAGCUUCAGAUGUCUACUCAGCUGAAGUUAAAAAAACUGAAGUAUUAAUGGAACAUUUUAGAAAAAGUAUUGCUGUUCAAUUGAAAGAAAGAAAAAAGGUUUAUGAGGGUGAGGUUGUUUCUAUAACGCCUGUUGAAACUAAAAAUCCAGUUCAUAAUUUUGGAAAGACUUAUUCACAUGUAGUUAUAUGUCUUAAAGCUGGAAAAGGAUCUCGAACAUUGAAACUUGAUACAUCAAUUUAUGAAGAAAUAUUAAAAACUAAUUCUGGUAAUGUUAAAAGAAUGGGAAAAUGUGAUGACUACAGAGGUGAUUUUGAUAUUGAAACAGAUGAGUAUGUUCCUAGACCAAAGGGUGAUGUUAUCAAAGAGAAGGACAUUGUCCAACACGUCACUCUUCAUGAAUUGGAUGUUGCUAAUGCUAGACCAUCAAUGAAAAAUAGUCAACUAAUGAGUCUGUUGUCACAGAUUGGAAGAAAUAAAAUGACAGAAAUAACAGAACGCCUUCGUGACGAAGUUGAUAAGUCUGUAGAUCAACUAGUUAAGGAUGGAGUUGCUGAAAUAAUUCCUGGUGUUCUUUUUGUUGAUGAAGCUCACAUGCUUGACAAUGAGUGUUGUAGUUUUAUUCAUCGUGCAAUUGAAGAUGACAAAAGUCCACUUGUUGUGUUGGCUACUAAUCGAGGAAAGACAAAGAUGAUUGAUGCUAAUGAUCCAGGUUUUCAUGGUCUUCCUAAAGAUCUUCUUGAUCGACUUGUUAUCAUUCAAACAUCAAAUUAUUCACCAGAAGAGGUUACCAAAAUUGUAUCUAUUCGUGCAACAUCUGAGGGUAUCUUAUUGGAUAAAAGUGCACUUGAAGAAAUUUCUAAGAUCUCAUUAAAAACAUCACUUCGUUAUGUUUUGGGACUUCUAUCACCAUCACAAAUUAUUGCUCAAUUAUCUGGAAGAGAAAAUGUUACAGGUGAUGAUGUACUUCAAGCUUCUGAAUUGUUAUUAGAUUACAAAAGAAGCGCAGACUUAGCAAUAAAUAAUAGUAUGGCCGAUUGUAUGACCUAA